AUGGAUUUGUCUUACCAGCAACCACAACCUUAUCGGAUGUACGAACACCCACAAUGGACUGAGGAUUACAAGCCAAACUAUAUCGAGGCUGAGCAUCACAUUGAGCGAGACGAAAGACCGCCUGCUUCAACAACUUCUACUUACAAUGCCAAUCCUCACAGCCGGAGACAAUCCGUGUUGAAAGUCGAAGAUGAAUAUUCUCCCAAUGACAAUGUGCCAACAUGGCAUGAGAGGCAACACCAGGCUCAUUAUCCAAUCAGACACUACUCGCAUUCAAGUGUACAUUCACACGGUCAUCCCCAGCGAUAUAUGCGGGCAGAUCCCAACUUCGCAGCAUCAUAUGCUCAACCAGAAUGGUCGAUGCCACAGUCAGGGACAAGCACUCCUACCCCAGCGUAUAGCAGCGUCGAUUCCUACAGUGCGCCCGUGCAGUACGCAAAUCAUGCAAGCUUUGAUUUCAACCAAGACCCGAUCUCAGCCGUUUCAAUGUCACCACAAUCGAGCCAAGGUGGAUGGGCUUCUGCAACCUCAUCCGACGGCAUGGAGCAACGAUGCAUGAUACAGAGCCCUGUCUUUCGUCCCAUGUCGCCACAGUCAACACAUCGAGCCGAUGGACUUGUUCAACGAUCCGACGGCAUUCGGAAGAAGAACGCUAGAUUCGAGAUACCUAGGGAGCGAAAUCUACAUACGAUCGAUGCACUGAUAAUGUCGACCACUGAUGAGACCGAGAAGAAGGAGCUGAAGCAGCAGAAGCGACUCCUGCGAAACAGGCAGGCAGCCCUCGACUCUCGACAAAGGAAGAAGUCCCACACGGAGAAACUCGAGCAAGAGAAGAAGCACCACGAGAAGAGGAUGGUUGGUCUAGAAGAGGCUGUCACGCAACUGCAAGAACAACUCCAGAUAGAAAGAGAGCAAUGGGCCACUCAAAGACAACAGUACGACAUACAGGUUAACACCCUUCUGCACGAGCGUAACGAAGCCAUCCGACAAAAGACAAUCGAAGCUGCAGAUACGCGAAGACAAUUGAACGCGAUGAAGGAAUACUGCAGAGAACAAUCCCAACGAUCACACGGCUACACUGCAGCCUCAGACAUCAACAAUAUGGCCUCAGACUUUAGUGAGAUUGGCUUUGACGACGAUUGGGAGCAUGAAUUCAGCUUGAUCGACAACAGCGAGCUGGAUAAUAUGCAAAGACAAGCCACGCCAAAACCUUCCACCAUGGCAGUAGCAAGCAAAGCAGACACGGAUUUCAGCUGGAAUACUCUCUAUAUGUGCCUGUUGUUUGGUGCUGUUGUGGUCUCUGCAGGUGGACAAAUCUCGAAGCUAGGUCAGAGUACAACCGAGGUCGCACUCCCUGCUGUAUCUGAUCUCAACCGGGCUGAUGCUCAGAAUGUCCUCAACGCUCUAUCUUCAGACAGUCAGUCAGCACAAGACAUGGGCCCCUCCAACUCGGCAAUGGCAAUUGCCUGCACUUCCGCGCCACAACCAUCUGCGGCUGGCAUCGAUUUUUCAUACACUCCAGCUGAGUCUCGAUCUAGCUUCGAAGAACUUUCCUCUGCCCUUACAACACCCUCUCGACACCAAUACAUGCAACAAGCGCUGUCCAUGACACCUGCUUCUUACAAUCACAUCACAAACCCGCUCGCAGGGUUUGAUGACGAUGCGGAUGCCGACCUUCCUGAUUCACCGCGACCUAAACCAGCUGGGAGCCGUCUUGAGCAGGCCAUGCGAGCCCUCAAUGCCAACAAAACUCCUGCAGAGAAGGCUGGUUUCAUAAGUCGAGCACAAGAACGGAGCGCACUUAAUGUGCCUGACUCUGUGAUGGUCGAAUUCCGGGCGUUCGUCCAAGAGACAAGACAAAGUCAGACGGAGAACCAGCAGCAGAGCGGUUGA